AUGAUAAAAAAAACGACAAGAUUGGUGUUCUACCUUUAUAUGACUAUAUGGUGUUUGUUCAUUGACAAAUGUCAAAACAGCGAGACAAAUAAUAAUAAUUAUAAUGAUUACUACAAUAAUUAUUUAUCAAAGAUUCAUUCGUUUAAGUCUCCUUUCAAUGUAGAAAAUUUAGAAAAUGGUUGGAAUAUUGAUUAUUCUAGUGUGAGUUCAAAUAAACAUGUCGUAUUAAUACCAAGCAUAUAUAACAGAAGAGGUGUUCUUUAUAAUAAGAAUCCUAUAAAGUCUGACAAUUUUAUUAUUGAAUUUAAUUUCUUUAUAGAAAGAAAAUAUUACAAAGAAAAUAUUGAUCAGAAAUAUUAUAAAGAUGAAAAUAAAGAUGUACAUGAAAUUGUAUAUAAAACCAAAUCUGAUGAAAAAUUGAAUACAUCUAAUAAAACAAAUAAUAAAAAUCAAAAGGAAAUAAAACGAAAUGGAUUCGCUUUAUGGCUAUUAAAGGAUGAAUUUAUUAUUAAAGAAGCUAACAGUGAUGUAAAUCUUGUCUUAGAAGAAGAGGAGUAUAAUAUAUUUGGAUAUAAAAAUGUUUUUAAUGGUAUAGGUAUUUUAUUUCAACUAAAAAAUAAUAACAACAAUAAUAAUAAUAAUAAUAAUAAUAGUGAUAUUUUAAACGUAUCUAUGGUUGUAAACAACGGAAAUGAAUCUAUAAAUCCAGACGAUUCAAACAUUUUUAAAAAUAUACCUAUUGAUAUGAUUAUGAUUAAUAAUUUAAUACACACAAAAAUUAUUUGUAAUAAAAAGGAAAUAACCAUUGCCUUUUAUUAUCCUAAGAGUAAUAAUUAUAUUAAUACUUUAAUUAUGAAACAAGAUAUAGCUAGAGAAAAUUAUAUAGCUUUUACAUCUUUCAAUUAUAAAGAAGAUGAUAAUAAACAAUACAACCAAAAUAAAAAUGUUUAUGUUCCUACAUUUGUUGGAAUAAAACAAAUAUUAACAUUUAAUCUGAAUAAUAUAAAUGAUAUAAAUAAUAAUAAUAAUAAUAAUAAUUAUAAUAAAGAUAUAUCAGCUAAUGAUAUCAAUACAUCCGUCAAUGAGAUAUUAAAUCAUAUGAAUCCACAAAAUAAUAAUAUCAAUCAAACAAUAGAUGUAUUAAAAUCUAUAACGACAUUGUUACAAAAAUUUAUGACAUAUCAAAUAAACAGUGAAAAAAAACUAUUACAAAAUAUAGAUAUGUUAAAUCAAAAAUUAGAAUAUGUACAAUCUGAAUUAAAAAUUAUAAAAAAAAAUUUAAUAAAUCAAACAGAAGAUCCAAAAAAUUUACAAAAAAUUUUUUCAACAGAAUUAACUGGUCUAAAAAAUCUAUUCCACACACAUACACAACAUCAUAAAAAAAAUAUUGAAGAUAUUACAAAUAAAUUAACAAAAAAAAUUGAAAAAAAUAAUGAAUUAAAAUUAUUAACAGAAAAAGCUCAUAAACUAGAACAAAUUAUUAACAAAGGAAAUUCAUCAGUAUAUAUAUUAUGUUUAGUAUUUGCUUUAUUAAUCAUAUUUACUUUAAUAUUAAUAUAUAAAAAAAUAAGAGAUGUAGAAAAAAAACACAUCCUAUAA